UUGUAAAGUGAUUAGUCGAACCGCCUUGUUGAAAGGAGUCGCUCCCAUGUCAGUUAGUUAAGUUAGUGAAAUCAUAAAUCUAGUUCAAGUCUCAGAUUCACUCUUGUCAGAUGAAAACUAUUCUUUUUUUUAUACUUCUUCACUUUUCACCAUGUCACCCUAGCCCUAGUCAAUUUAAAAAUGAAACCAGUUUGAGUGAAAAAAAGGUUUUAACCCAGCAGACGAAAAAGAUCCAGAACUGUAAUUACAUCGCAGAAAUUGAAGCAUUUUCAAAAAUAAUUUAUAUUUGCUUGCGCAAGAAAUACUUCGAGGAUGAAGAUAUUAUCAAAAGAGCGUACAAAGAUAUCCCUGUGUAUGUUUAUGGAAACAAAAAUAAAAAAUCUAAGUUGUCCCUGGCUAGGCUAAAGCUUGGAUAUGUGGAUGGAUAUGUUUUAGGAGAAGAAAUGUCAAGUGUGAGCGGUUAUCUUGUAAACUCAACCUUCUUUGGUUAUUUAAUAGUUCAGAACCAAAUCAUUUUCAUUGAUCCUGUCAAGGUUACCACCAGCUUGUUCAAUAUUGCACAGAAUAGCUCUGGUAGAACCAAAACCGUAAACAGUAGAACAAGAAGAUCCCAGGGUUCGAAAACUAAUUCAAGAAAUGAGACAGGUUCGGAAAAUUCCACAGUUCCGGAAAAUACAAACGGCAACAAAAAUAGCACAGAUUCCGAAAAUAUAACAACAAAUCCCGAGAAAACCAUUAGUUCCAAAAAUUCAACAGAUUACAAGAAUACUUCCAAGGAUUUCAAAGAUUCUAAAGAUAUCACAAAAAAUCCUGCAAGCCCUGAAAAUGUUAUAGAAUCUGAAAAUGUUAAAAGUUCCGAAAAAAUGCUACGUGAACAGAUUACUGCCGCGGGAAAGACAAAUAACAUUACGAAAUUAGAGAAUUCCAUUGGAGCCAACAUGUCAAAAUCCGGAAACGGUUCCGGAAACAACGCAAGUUCCAAAAACAGCACAAUUCCAAGUUUCCAAAAAGCCACAAGAAUUAAUAAAGACGAUAGUUCCAUAAACCCCAUCAAGAAACUUUUGGAAAACCACGUAAAGGAUUCCGAAAAUAUUGCAAAUGUUGUCAAGAGUCAAGAAAAAAGUUCCGGAAACACAUCAGGUUCGAAAAAUAUGAACAGCACCACGGAAAAGUUUGCCAAACCAAAUCAGAAGAAGUGUUCUCUUUCCUUGAUAGCAGACGAUCUAUUUUUUCAGGAGGUUGGGAACGGAUCCUUGAGGAACACCAUAAUGAUUAUGCUCUACUACGUCAAGGAGGCAAAUACCAUUUUCCAAACAAAAGAUUUUGAUAAUGACGGAAAAAGUGACUGCGUUGGUUUUGAGGUUAGUUCCAUAACUAUCUUUGAAUCUGAAAGUUCGAGCAGUAAUAUUCUGACUAAAAACUAUCCUUCACCAGAGGAUUUUCUUCGCAAGUUCUCUAGGUAUAACUUUAAUAAAUACUGUCUGGGACUUCUCUUCACAAGCAGAGUGUUCGAAGAUUUGGUGCUAGGGUUAUCCUGGAGGGGUAAUCCAAAACCUGGAGGGGUUGGGGGCAUCUGUCAACAAAGAACCAGGUACAACGAAGAUAAUAAAACGUAUAGUUUUAAUUCUCUGUUUGUAACCUUCAAAUCAAAACAACAAUCCAGAAUACCAAUCAGAAUGGCUGUUUUGAACCUUGUACAUGAAUUUAUGCAUGGUUUUGGUGCUAAACAUGACUCUGACGGUCCACCAUGUACUCCUACAGAUUAUCUACAAAACGGAAGGUUUAUGAUGUCAAAAUAUUCUAACAAUGGAAGAAAACAUAACCAUCAAACAUUAUCCUCCUGCUCUCAGGAAUCUGUUAAAAACGUUCUGAAUGCUGAACAUCGAACAAAAUGUUUAAAGGAAUAUUCUGAUACUUUCUGUGGUAACGGAAUAUUAGAGGAAGGAGAGGAAUGUGAUUGUGGAGAUAAUUUUCAAUGUUUACUGAGUGGAUCGACCUGUAAUACACCUUCAGGAGGGGCAGGGAAUCCUUGUUCAUUUAGAAAAUGAAACACAGUCGGAAAUCUUCCUUUUUUAAACUACUAAAUGUUAACUCAAGUUUUUAUUUUUAAAAUAAUUUCCAAAAGUACACUAAUUAAUGCUUUUUAUAAAAAUAGAAAUAAACGAAAUAAAAAUAAUUACUGCACCAACAUUGGAUGUAGAAAUACA